AUGGUGCUCAGCGUGGACACUGCGCUGCUGGCGCACGCUGCGCAGAGCGCGACGCCGCUCUCGCACAUCCUCAUGCUCACCAGCGCGCUCCCCUUCCCUCUGCACUGGGGGCUCAAGCGGCUUCAUACCGAGGGCCUCCCGUUCCGCAUGCAGCCGCCGCCACGAAGUCGGAUAGCGCGGAUCAUUGGUGACGAGACCGCUGCGGCGCCGGCGGAGCCGACGCAGUGUCCGGUGAAAAAGAUCGCAAAGCAACUUGAUACAUUGGACCGGCAGCUCGCCCAGCUGCAGGAUGCUGAGGCCUUCAACGCCGAGAAUCCGUAUCUCAAUGGGCUCUUCGCUCCGGUGGACAGCACGAUGCCGCCGACACCACUUGAGCUGGUCGAGGGCGCCUUGCCACCCGACAUGCCCGCCGGCUGCUUCAUGCGCAACGGCCCAAACCCGGUGCCAGACAAUGGCUACGACAAGCGUAUGCACUGGUUCGACGGGCACGGGAUGAUCCACUCGCACGAGCGGGAGUUGGGGCAAACCUACUUCAUGACUCUGGGCGAGCUCGCGGGGGUGCCCGGCAUACUGAAGGCCUUGCUCGUGGCAACCUCAAAGAUGGAACUCGCAGGAAUGGACAUGCUGCGCGGGUCGGUCGCAAACACCGCCAUCAUGACCUGGGGCAAGAGGCAUUUUGCGUUGGCAGAGACUGGCUUGCCGUUUGAGUUCUCCCUCACAGGCGAGGGCGAGGUCGUGUCUCACGGCUUUGAGAACUUUGAUGGGCAGCUCGACUUCCCAUUCACGGCACACCCAAAGGUGCACGCACCCUCGGGCGACCUCAUCUUUCACGGCUACAGCUUUGGCGCCACGGCGCGCAAGUGGUGGGGGCGGAUGCGGCAAGCGCCGAACGGCAAGUUCGAGCUGAUGCGCAAGGUGGAGCUGGACCCGCAGUACGCCUCUGGGCUGAUGCACGACCUCGCGGUGACGGACCACUACGCUCUCCUCUUCGACAUGUCCAUCACUGUCGGCCUCAACGCCGUCUUCUCGGGAACCUUUGGACACUUUGACGACUCGCGGCCAGUCGUGCAUCCGCUCAACGCGUGGGAGGAGGACGGUGGCGAUACCAUUGUGCUAUGGUCGCCAGUUUGCACGAGCUUUGACGGCUCGGCCAACCCCGAGAACGAGGCGUACAUGGCCGAGGUGGUGCUCGACCUUCGCACGGGUACCGCUACGACGCGGAUGGUCGACAAGACGCGCAACACCGAGUUUUGCCGCCUACACCCGGACUACGUCGGCCGCCCGGCCCGCUAUGGCUUCUCGGGCGAGAUGGACGGUGGCGACGCGCGCUUCGGGGGCAUAAUCAAAUGGGAGCUUGCGCGCGGCGGGGGUGGGCUGCAGAAGGCUGCGCGCUUCGGGCCCGGCCGCUGGGGCGGAGAGCCGAUCGUCGUGCCCAAGGUGAGGCCGGCGUCGGGCGGAGGCGGGAGCAGGGCCGUGGAUGGUGUGGUGAGACGGGCCACUGCGCCAGCAGCGUCCAGCCUCUCAGAGUCUACCUCGGGUGCGAUGACGGGGGACGGCGAGGCGGGCGCGGCUGCCGACACCACGCCAGCGGGCGCCAAGGCAGCAGACGCCUCCGACGCCGCGUAUUUGAUUACUUUCGUGCAUGACGAGCGGGACGGGGAUAGCUUCGUCUCCCUCAUCGACGGCGAGACCAUGCAGCAAGCCGCGCUAUUUCGAGUUCCCAGCCGAGUGCCGCUGGGUCUGCACGGCCAUUGGGAGGCGGCGCGGCACGCCGACGAGCUGCUGGCGGAGGUCGAGGCGGAGAAGCGCGCCAAGGGCAAGAAGGGCAAGAAGAAGAAGAAGAAGGGCGGUCGGAGCGGCGGCGCUGGGCCGUCGCAGGAGGCGCCGGCAGAGGCGGCGGCAGCCAAGCCCGCGCCGUUGGACAGGGAGGGGUUGCUCAAGCUUCUCGCGGAGCUCCACGAGGACAGGAUCCGGUUCGGCAUCACGCCGGAGACGUCGGUCGAGGGAUUGGCGGAGGCGGCCAGGGUGCGGGAGGCGGCCUAG